AUGGAGUCAACAGCUGCAUGCAUGUGCGGGAGUAGCAGGUAUUCUUCAUGUGAAAGGUUGGUGGCUAUUAGCUUGACCCUUCUAGCUGUGCUUUCACCUCUCUAUAUCAACCACAGACCGGCAAGUGACUUGGAACUCGAAGACCAACCCUUGAAUCUUGAUGCCUGGUUGCCUCUUUUGCUCCUACUGCUCAUCUUGGCCAUAGCCUUGUCCCUUUGCUUGGACGAGAGCUUUUCCAGGUUUGAUCCUUACUGGAUACACAGAGUCGGGGGCUCUUCUGGUGGCAUCUUUGUUAUUCUUUUGGUUCUUGCUGUGAUUUUGAGGUGUAAAACUUCUAUGAUGAACUAA